GCUAAUACUUUGGCAUUUGACAAUAACAAAAGUUCCUUUAGAAACACAAUUUACAAAAACUCGUAAUUUUUGAGUGGGGCCCUAAGCUAUAGCUUGUUUAGCUUAUAUGUAAAUCUGGCACUGUAAGUGACCAAUGUUCCUCUGUAUCACACAGAUUCAGAGACUUCGCCCUUUGAAAUUCACUUACAGAAAACCUUCAAAAGGUGAACAUGAAAAAUCCAAGUAAGUAAUAAAAUACUUUCCCUUUGCAUUGAAAGUUAUUGAAUUGCUUUUCCACAACAAAUUCUGAAUGCUUUUGCAUGUUGAACGUUGCUUUGAUAUGAUCAGACUAGGAUUUUUAUAAAAUGACUUUUCCCCCAUCUGAAAGGAAUUGUUUUGCAUAAAUAAUCUUCUGUAAUGUUCUCAAUGAUGUUACAUUCACAAACGGUGCAGUCCAUGAGUGUAGCCAGGGGGGUGCAGGGGGGGCAACCGCCCCCCUAAAUCAAGUAAAUAAAUAAAAAUACUUAACUAUCUGACCAAUUGCAUCAAGGAUAGCUCGGUUCUCCCCCCCACCAAACAAAACUCCUACCCCCCCCCAACAUAAAUCCAGGCUACGCCCAUGGUGCAGUCCCUACACAGAAGUUAAGCCUCACUGAAUUCAAUGGGGCAUACUCAGAGGCAAGCAUUUACUAUUGUAUGACAGCCUAAGUGAGGCGGCUAAGUGAAUAAUUGUUGGUGGCAAUAAUGUGAGACAGCAAAUAAGAUAUUAGCAUGAUAAAUAAGAGAACAGAAAAUAAAGGAUGAUUCCCCACCCAAUAAAAACAUAGGACUCACCUAAUGAACCCUGGCAGCAGAAGCCCUGUGCAAGAGCUUCCACUUGUGCAAUGGGACGUCCCUCCUCUUUUCUCCCCCACUGCCCCAAAUUGGCUUGAGUGGGUGUGGGUGUGGUGAACGCCUAGAACAGCUUGCAGGGAAAAUGGGGAUCAUUCCAUCUGGCAAGCUGAUACGCUUGUGCAGACAUAAUGUUUGUAAUAGCACUACACUGAAUUCCACCCAUAACCAGGAGGCUAUAGAUGGUAUUCAACCAAGUUUUAUUCAGACCAGAUCCAUUAAAAUUAAUGGGACUAAUUUAGUCAUGUUUAUUAAUUUCAGUGGGCCUGAUGUGAGUAAAAUGUAAUUGAAUGCCAACCUAUGCACACUGGGGUACAUACAACUAUUCCAAGAAUAAAAAAAACUUUUAAUGUAUCAAUAAAAACCAAAGUAUCUUGGAAAAUAAGCAGUAACUGUCCAGAUACUUUGUCAUUCGUAAAGAUUACAAAUACAAAGCCUUGCACUUUUAACUGAAGCAGUUAAUGAAUGCUAAUGUACAAGUAUGGCUCAACUGCUGAAUUAUCCAAUUAAUUCUGAGAUUAUGGCUUUGCGUUUGUUAAUAAUGCUUGCUGACCAGGGCUGUGUUGAUUAUUUCAUCUCGCCCAUUAAUUGUGCAAGAGCUUUGCACAGAGAGGCACAAACAGUUUAUUGUCUUUCACAGCUCUCUGGAUCUAGGCCAGUCUUUUCCCAGGGUUCCCAGACAAGAGCCUCUGUCAGACAUGGAGAACUUCACUCACUCGUUGUCAUUAGACCCAUUCUUGGCAAAAGCAGCAAGAGAUACAUCUACUGAUGUGGUCAAAAGCACUGUGAAGGACUUUGCCGAUGACUACCUCAACAGGGCUGCUAUUUUCAAUAGUAUGGAUGAAAUAGUGACUGAAGUGGCCCAUGCAGCUUUGCCCGAACUAGUGAGUAAUAUACUGGCCACCUUUCUCCCACAUCUCCUCCUUCCUGCCCCCUGUGCAAAAGGAAAUAAAUGCAGAAUUUAUCUGAUGGUACUGUGUAAUGUAUAUGCUCUUUUACUGAUGGCUUAGAUCCAAGAGGCACAGCAAGAAUUGGACCAAGAAGAACUGCUGGGUGGGAUCAUCUUGUGUGUUGUUGAGGAGGAAGCCCAUGCCUUAGUUCAGACUGUCCUUGAUGAAUAUCAUUCUGAAAUGUUUAAACUGCAGAAGGAAGAGGUAAGCUUAGAACUUGUGCUCAAAGAAUUUAAGAAGUACCUUGUCGGCUCAGAGCAAAGGUCUGUGUAUUCCACCAUUCUGUUUCUUACCUUUGGGAAGCCAGAAACAGGAUAUGAAGACAACUGAUGCCCUCCAGUUUGUCUCCAGCCGAAAGUUACACUUCAUGGAAGAUGGAGUGUCCAUUUUGCUGCUAUGUCAUUUAUUGAUCUGCAUUAAUUUAGUCAUAAGUGAUUACAAUUAUAUCAUAAUGGCCAAACUAUCCUAUCAGUUAAGCUAGCUGCGCUUAAGAGAAACCAUGAAAUAGACAACUGGAACUUUUUAUAUUUUUUGAUGCUAUUGAACUAUUGGGGGGGUCUGUAUUCUAGAUUAUAUUUUAUAUAUUUGUAUACCACUUAGUACUUAAGACAAGCUGUUUACAAAACAACAAUAUGUAUAUAUAUUUCAAACAGUGACUUUGAGAAGCUAUGUUGCAAUAGAAAACAGAACUACCACACUAUGCAAUUAAAAUAAUAAUGCCUCAAAAGACAAAAACAUAGUAGCUCCCAAUAUUGCCAGCCAGCACAGCUGUAACAUGGGAGUUCAAGAUAUCUGGAGGGCACCAGCUUGGUGAAGGCUGCAGUAUGGUAUAGAGGUAAGACUAGGACCUAUGAGAUCCAGGUUCAAAUCCCUACUCAGCCAUCUAAGUCACUUGGUAACCUCAAGCCAGUUACGAUCUCUCAGUUUAACCUACAUCACAGGAUCAUUGUGAGAAUAAAAUGGGGAUGAGGAAGAAAUCCAUUUACACAGCUUUAGGCACCCUGGAGGAAGGGUGAGAUAAUGUAUCAGAAGGUAAAAUAAAGUAAGUUGGGGGAGGGCAGAAGUUUGGGUCUCUGUGACAAAGCCCAGGAUGCUCAGACUUGCCAUUCAAAGAGGAAAUUUAGCAAGUGACUCCUGGUGGUUUUCUGGAUAUGCACAGUCCCCUUCACCCGCCAUUGAGCUUUUUCUCCUUCUACUGCCAUUUUCAAAUUUUAUAUUAAUUGCCAUUAAUAAAAUGAACUUCAUUACUUCUAAUCAUCCCACAAGAGCAGCGAGGGUUGCACGCUUCCUCCACUUGAUGCACUGAAAUGAGUUUGCCUCUCUCACCACCACUCUUCACUGUCUGUUCAGUGCCAUUUCUCUUUGAGAUUCAUCUCACUAUUAAGGCACAUCAUUCAGUCUGGACUCUGUCCUUCACAUUCUAAUUACUUGGAGAAAGAAAUAAAAAAGAAAGAAAAGAUUGCUGUUAUUGUCAGGCACAAUGCAGAGACCUGUCUUCAUUUAUUUGCAUAUCAGGCAGGAGCACGUCAACCUCCCCUCUUCUGCCAAGGUAAUCUCCACAAACAAGCAUCUCUGCAUGUACGUCAGCGAGGAGCUACACAAAAUCACAAUGCACUCUUCCUUAUUAGAAACCAAAUCCAUUACAAUGCAUGCCAAGUUCCCUACAACACGACAGGGUGUAAUCUAUAAAUCAUAUGCCACAAGUAUUUAUGCCGCCUGUCAGUUCUUAUCCUUUAGUACCCAGGCAAAGCAUUUUUCCUUUUACUGAUUCUCAGCAUCAAAGUGGCAUUUUAAGACCUCUUUUGAAAAACAACAGCAACCACGAAGCAUAUCAAAACUCACCCUUUGGCCAGGCAGAGGUGUGAAGGUGAGGCUUAUUUCAUAGCCACCCUGCUUGAGAUAUGAACAUGGCAUCAGAAAAACUCUGAUUUUGUACUGGAAUACAUAAUUAUUAACUAAGGGCUUAUCCAUACUUUCCAGGCACAGGCCAGUGCUUUCCCCAUGAAAACAUGCUCUUUAAAGCUGAAUUGGAGCUAACACCAAUUUGGGUUUUCUACGGAUUGCUGUUUGCCUUGAUUGAGCUUUAAAGAGCGGGUUUUUGUGGGGAUAACUCCAGAGCAAAAAUAAAGGGCAAUUGGACAUGGAGCUAUAAAUCACGGACGGUAGUGGAGGAAAGAGUGGAGGAAAGGUAAGUGUGGAUAAGCCUUAUCUAUAAAAUAUAUAUAUAGUGUUUCCUAAAAGAAAAUACUUCUUCAUGAGCUGUUUAAUGAAUUUUCUACCACAUAGCUUAGAUUGGGGGUGGGGAACUCUCCAGAUGUUGCUGGUUUCUAACUCCCAACAUUCCCUACCAGCAUGACUAUUUUUGAGUGAUUAUGAGAAUUCCAGUUCAACCAAAUUUGGAAGGCCAGAGUUCCCCCACCCUUGGCUUAGGUGGUGUUCAAAAGGAGUUCAGGCUGGUUUUCUCAGUGUGGUGUAGUGGUUAAGAGCGGUAGUCUUGUAAUCUGGGGAACCGGGUUCGCUUCUCCGCUCCUCCACAUGCAGCUGCUGGGUGACCUUGGGCCAGUCACACUUCUUUGAAGUCUCUCAGCCCCACUCACCUCACAGAGUGUUUGUUGUGGGGGAGGAAGGGAAAGGAGAAUGUUAGCCGCUUUGAGACUCCUUAAAGGGAGUGAAAGGUGGGAUAUCAAAUCCAAACUCUUCUUCUUCGUCUUCUUCCAAGUGUCCUUACUAACUAUCGCCGAGGGCUUGAAUACUGAUAUGAAAUCUAAAGACUUAGUGAUCAUAUCGCCGAUGGUUGUUCAGUUAUCCACAAUGCAAACAAGGAAAGCUUUCAAGGACUGUAGAUUUAUGCUACAAGAAUGUCUAGUGUCUAGCCCUUGCUGAGAAAACACGUAACUUGAAAGCAAUAAAAGGAAAACCAGACAAAUUCAAUGCAGUGUGGGGGCCAUUUAUUUCAUCCACUAACAAAAUUGAACUUAAAAACAGACUUUCAAGGGCAUCUGUGCAGGUCUGGAGGUCACGAGCAGGACAGACUGAAUAUACCUACUCUGGACACAAGAUCUUCUUAUGAACUGAAUAAUUUAUAAGCAGCCCCCGAGACGUUGUGUUUUGUAUAUUUGGAUUCUUUGUAUGGAUAGAUGAGAAUAGUUUUGUUAUGUAUUACCUGAUAUUUGCUUUUGGUGGUGGUCCUGUUAUGUGAUGUUAUAUCUGUUAUUCAAAUAGCCAAGAAAAAAUAUUGGAAGAAAAAAGAGUUAAGGUAAAUUGAUGAAAUAUAAUAAGUCUUCCAAUGAAUAUUAGUCAUUAUAGCUAGAUGGACUAGCCAUGUUCAGAAGUACUUGUUUGGGUGCAAAUAACAGGGAAAAGUUGUUGCCCUCAUACCUUACUUGGAGGUUUCCUAGAGGCAUGUCGUUGGUCAUACUGGGAAACAAAGUGCUGGGUAAGAAAGGCUUUUGAUCUGAUCCAGGAGGACUGUACUUGUGUUAUUACAAGUUAACAAUUUAGUACAAUUGACUUCACCUGAAUAUUUUGCUCUUUUGGAAUAUGUUAGGAAGGUUGUGGCAAAAAUAUAAGGGCAAGUAAAAGCAAGAAACACACAGCAGCAGUAUAAACAGGUAGGAAUAAAAUAAUUAGGAAGUAACUACUGAAGAAGGGGGUAUUCUGACUCUUGAAACUUAACACAAGUUUUUUUGUUGACUUCUUAGACUGCAACAGAAAUUGCUUGAGAUACCUCAAACUUCUUCACAAAACUGGAAGGUCUAAUAAAACUUGGUGGUUUUUUUUAAAGAAAAAAGAGAAAUCACACUUUGUGACAUUUUUUCAAGUUCAGUGCUGCUUGACACAAUCCUGAUUAAGGAAAUCAGCAGUGCAGCCUCCAGAGACAAUAUUUCUCUGACCCUAAGGUCACCAUACUUGAGGACAAAAAUGCUUUGGGGGAUGGAUAAAAUAUGAAGCUGUUGAAUUAAAGCACAUUAACAAUUUGACCCUGCACUAUAUGAUCUGCCAUGGAUCAUUAUCUCUUAAAAUGUCAGAAUAUUUAUACACUUUUAGAUUGUCCAUGAGAGGUAAGCCGAAUCAUUCCAAAUCUGUCAUGCACUUGCUCUCACUUGAAGAAAUUGGUUGUAAUGCAGCAAGUUAAGUAUGUGUAACCAGCACAGUUAAAUGCCAUGUCACAGUUCAGUGUCUCAUUAAUACUAAAAUACUUGUUAUUCCCACUGAUCUUGGUUGGAUUUAGAGGCAUCCAGUUUUUGCUGGAUUGAACCUCUUAUCUGAACUUUAGCUGGACACUGCUGCCACUUCCACAGGGGAAUUGGUUUACCCCUUAAGCAGGCUGUGCUGCAUGUAGAGUUUGGGAAUAUAUGUUCUUUCAUUAAUUCUCAGGAAGCAGAUGUAUUUAUUUAUUAAUAAGAUUUCUUGCCCACAUUUCACUAUAAGGUCCCAGGGCAGAUUACAACAAUAUCAUAUUCAAGUAUAAAAAAGAUAAAACUGUUGCAAGACUAAAAACAAAUAAAAACAUAUUUCUUUAUUGCUCUUUUUAAAAAGAGAAAAAAAAAGCUUUUGAAAGCAUUGAAACCAGGCUGGGUAGACUAAGCUUGCUUUGUUUGCACACCUAUAAGGGCAGCCACUGGAACUCUCUCUCCUUGAGCACAAUGAGAAACCUUACGAAGCAGCUGCUGAAGAAUGUUUUCUUUUUCUUUUAUAAAUGUAAUGGGGGUGUCUGUUUCUGUCUCCUCCCCUCCCAGGUUGCUGUGUUUGCUGCUAAACAACUUAUUGAUAUAUUUCUUCUGGAGCGUGUGAUAGGGAAGAUGAGUUUGCAGGGCCCAAGGUUUUCUUGGAAGGAGCACUCAAGCGCGAUUUUAGAUAGUGAGUAUUGAACAGCUGGGGAGGGGAAUGCCUGUAACUUUGGGGAAAGCCAUAAUAUCUUGGAUUUAUUUAACACUGUGGGAUCUAAGAAGCCUUUUGCAAACACUAAAGGGCUGGCAGAGAUGUGAGCUUUGAUUACAUUUCCAAGGUAGGUUACCGUGGCAUGAACAAUGCUUGUCGGGCUUAAAUAUGACAGAUACUAGGCAUACCUACACUGCAGAUUUUAAGUACCCUUAAUAUUCAGAUGGUCAGGUGCAUCUGCCACCAAGUGCAGGAGUCAGCCUUUGAAUGUUACAACAAAUGAGUAGCAGUAUGGCAAAAGUGGAAUCCUGUAGGCAGCAGCUUCUGCAUGCCACUCACUGGCCAUGAUCUGGGAGUCAGACAAAACUGAACAGUCAAAUAGACCCUGCAUGCUCAGACAUUUUUCCUAGAACAAAAUUCACAUUUUUUGGGGGGGGGAGUAUUUUUUUUUUAAAUAUCUAAAAUAUCUGCAAUCUAUUCAGUAAACAGCAUUUUGGCAAGGCCAGUAAAAAAUCUCAAAGAGGCUCUACACAUUCAUAAAUUGUUGUAGCUCACUGGCAGCCAGUGCAAUGCUUUCAGGUCCGGUGGUAACACAUAGUCACAUUUGGGCUGCUCCCCUUACCAACGAAGCAGUUGCAUUCUGCAUGAACUGCAGCCUCCGGACCAUCUUCAAGGGCAGCCCUACAUAGUGCAUCACAGUAGACCAAACAGGAAGUCAUCAGAGCAUGGACAACUGGCAGGAACGGCUGUAGCUACCCAUAGUGCUACACUCAUACACAGUGCUAUUUUUCUAAAGGAAGUGCUGGAACUCACCAUGAACACCUCCUUGUCCUCUUAUAAUGGCAUUGGCGUCAACCCAAGAGGUGCCAGAACUGAGUUCCGGUGAGUUCUAGUUGAAAAAAAGCCCUGCCCAUACGGCUGUAGUGUCCUACCAACAUUUCUCUCUUUUUUUAUAAUAUUUUUAUUAAUUGUCCAUCAAGAAAAAAUGCAUAUCACACCACAUUACAACUUUCACAGAUUUUCUCUUUUUUUAGACUUCCUUCAGCCUCUCUGACAAUCAUCCGAAUUUAACUUUUUUAAUUACACAUUUCCUAAAUUACUGUUGCCUUUUAGCAUACCCUUCCACAUUUGUUUUUCUUUUUUACAAUACUUCUCAAACUUUUACAGAGCUUCUUGGAAUGCCACUAGCGUUAUUCUCUCAUCACUUAUACAUUCCAAAUACUCAACAAACUUUCCCCAGUCCUCGAUGAACUUUUGAUCUCAUAGAUAUCUAAUCUUCCCUGUCAGUUUAUCAAGUUCUGCAUAGUCCAUGGACUAUGGACUGAUGGCCUACCAACAUUUCUCAAGUGGGUAUCAAUUAUCCCUCAAGAAAAUCCUUGCACACCAGUUUUAUGGGGAUAUAGCCACAUUGCUGUUAUGGCUGAUUUUUCUAGGGGCAGGAAGGAUACAGUGCUAUUUGGUGGGGGGAAAGCUAGAUCAGGACCUGUUACAGCAGGGCAGGGGCUUGAUUGGAAUCCUGAUUAGAAUUGCCUUCCCCACAACUGUUUUUUGCAUUGGGAGGAAAGUGCCCAUUGGCACCAUGAGAAUUCCUCUCACAUUGCAAAAACAGGCACUCAGGUGAGGAGGGAUUCCAACUGGGAAGAUGGCAAGGAGAAAGAGUUAAAGCUGUUUUCCCCCCUAUGCCAGAGUCCCAGCCUGGCUCCUCUCUGGCCCCUGCUAUUUCAGGUUUGUUUGUUUUUAAUCUAUGGCCUUUUAAAUUGUGUGUUACUAGUAACAUUGUUACUGUGCUGUGUAUUUGUGUGUUUUUCUAUUGUAAACUGCCCUCUGAUCCUCGGAUGAAGAGCGGUAUAGAUAUUUAAUUAAUAAAUAAUAAUAAAUAUAAAAAAGAGAGAAUUCCAAGCUCACCAGGGCAAACUGCAUGACAAAUGCCAUGUCCAGUUUGGCCCUCGAUCUUCCUUGCCUACCUUUUUCUUUCUAGAUUUUAUGUUCGAUAUUCUCCUUAAGCAGUUAUUUAGCAUUCAGCAGCAGCAGCGAGUUACCUCUGAAAACAUCCCCCUGGGAGAUUUCCAUCUGAAAGCUUUUACCGAGGUGGUAAGUAGGCUCAUAUUUUAAAAUGUUGAUUGUUUUGGCUGCCUUUUAUCUUUCCUGUACUGCAGUGUCCAGAGGAGCUUCACCCACCCUGCCUCCACCUCUACCAGAGCAGGCUCAGAGCUAAUUAAGGGGAAAGGGUCGGAUGUAACACACACACACACACAGAGAGAGAGAGAGAAAGAAAGAGAGAGGGAGAGAGAGAGGGAGGGAGAGAGAGAUUAGUUGAGACCUACUUCAUCAUGGGCUGCUGGAUUCCCCCUCCUUCGCUAAUCAUAGAUUAUUGCUCCUCCUAAUAUCUCUUUCUCUAUUAAAUAUUCUGUUUAACCUUCACAGUGCUGAAGUUAAGUCAAAUACUCCAGUGCAUUAGUUGUUCUAAGUGCCUCAAUGCAGCAAUUGCCCUAAGUACAUAGUGGUAGUGGGCUCCUUACACUCACAGAACAGCAGCUUUGCAUUCACAGUAUCUGAGGUGGAGGAUAAAUCGAUGUCUUUGCCUUCCACACACAUAGGCUGGUACAGAAUGCUACUGUAUGUAUCGUAAGUAAAACUAUAAUUAAAAAAGGCUUCCUCAAGGCAAGUGAGGAAAUCCCAUUUAAGUAUGUGAAAUUUACUUCCAAAUAAAUAUGUAGAUCUUUCUCAAUACUUCCUACCUGAUCAUUUUUAACUGGAGAUGGAACAGGGCACCAUAUUAUGAAAGAUUACCAAAGUCUGCCUGUGCUGUGGGAAACUUGCACGCAAGAUUUGAGAGCAACAGAACUCUCCCAACUUCUGUCCCCAGCAGCUGUUUUACAGAGACAUACAGUACUGCCUUCAACGGUGGAGACAGAUCAUAGCCUUAUCCUCCAAGAAUUUGUCUAAUCCUCUUUAAAAGCUAUCCGAGUUGGUGGUCAUCACUACAGCUUGUGGGAGCAAAUUCCAGUUUAACUAGGCACGGUGUGAAGAAGUAUUUUCUUUUGCCUGUCCUGAAAUAUCCUAUCAGCCUUAGGGCGCUUAAGCUAAAAUGGGCUCCCCCUCUGCACUGCAAACCUAAUUCUUUGUGUCCAGUUGUCACUGAAUGCAUAGACAACUGUGUUCCUUCAGUUGUUCCAACAACCUUUUAAAUAUAAUCUGUUCGCAACAUGUUCUGACAGUCUGGUUGCAGAUCGUAACAGUCUUGUAAUGCAGAAAUCUAGAACAACUGGGUUUAGCUUAUUUUUACAGAAUAGUUUUACAGAAUAGAUAGUUACAGAAUAACUGUUAUCAGAUAGUUCCUAGGAGUUAGAGCACACAUUUUCAGGCUUUCCACCCCUGAAUUAUUAUUCUUUGUUUCCUUGCUGCAUUAAACACAACUUCCAUUAUCCUCGGUAGAUUCUUGUUUACCUUUAGUCACACAUCAAACGUAGAGUUACCAGAAGGUGAAUGGUGCAAUUAUUCUGGACCAAAGGCUGGUAUAUGAUUUAUUUAUAAGCCUUAUGAAAGUCGUAAAGUACCAUUCUUGAGUCCUGAAUAGCAAAGUCCUAUAGCCACAGGAAGCAUGCCUGUCCUGAUACGUCCUUGAAUGACCUUUCAAAUGCCCAUUGCCUCUGGAGGCGCUUUGCCCUCCUAAUUUGAUGGAAGUGCUGUUUUUCAAGAAUUCUUUGUUAUUUACCUUUGUACAUUCUGCAGAUCAGAUGGACUACUGACUCUUAAGGGUUGUAUAUCAUUAUUAGAGGGGAAAACAUUGUGAUGUUGAAAUCAUUGCAAACCAGAGAUUUGUAAACCAAAUUUUCCAGCAGAUGGCAGCAGAGUAAGCAAGUUUUAAACUCUACUUUGUACUGCAAGGAGCCUUAAAAAUAGAUCUUAAAAUGUGAAAGAUUGGCAGGGCACAUGGUUUGUGUUUCUUCAGGCUCUGGCACAUUCUUUUGACUCUAAUCUGAUGGGAUAUUGCUUUGUCUCAAAUUACUCAUGUGGCUGCCACUUCUUUUAUUAUGAAAACAGCAAUGUGGUUCACAUCAAAUCAGAUCUCUCAUUUCAUAUUAUUAUUAUUUUUAAAAAAAACAGAGCAUGAAGCCUUUGUGCUGUAACCUGACUUGUGUAAAGGCCUCAAUUUAAAGAAAGUGUUAAGCUUGUUUCUUUCCCUGGAUCAGCUCCCGCCCUCACUUUUUCCUUUUCAUCUAAAUUUUGGGACGCCUCUCUUGUGUAUUUCAGGCUUUAGAUGUUAUCUUGACAGAGCUGAAUAAAGUGGUGGACGAGGACAUGGAAGAUCUGCUGGAAUAUGAAAAGAAAGCUCAGGUAGAAAGGAAUCUGGGGCUGGGGGGUAGUUUUAUUACAAGCAUUUUGGGGGACAGACAACUAUAUCCAUAUUAAUGCUCAAUGCAUAAACAACAGAAUGUAAGCACUAGAAUUCUCUUAAAUCAGAUCAUAGGUCCAUUGUGUCUAGCAUCCAUUUUCUUCAGUGGCCAGCCAGAUUCUUCUGGGAAGAACAUAAGCAGACCAUGAGUGCAACAACUCUAUUUUGCCAUUUGCCCCCCACCCCUGGCAAUUGCAGUUUUAAGGUAGAAUGUCUCUGAUCCUAAAGGUUCCAUUUAGCUAUCAUGGUCAAUACCCAUUAACAGACUUAUAAAUACAUUUGUCUAAUCAUUUGCUGCCCAUCACUACAUCUUGUGGCAGUAGCUGCAAAUUCCAUUAGUUAUUUCCAUUAGUAACUAGUUAAUUUUGCAUUAUGUGAAGGACUUUUCUUCAUGUGGUGUUUUGCAGAUUUUGCAUUUAAUUAGUUACAUGUAUUUCCCCAUCUCCCACAGAGGUAUGUGAUUCCAUCUUAAGCCUCCUAAGCUCAUGGCCAUCACCACAAAUUGUGGCAGGAAGCUUCAUAAAAUUAACUUAUGUGUAUAGAGACGGUCCAGCUCUUUGCUGUUCAUAUAUGUGGGUGGAGUACAAGUGUCUGUCAUAGACUUGGAGCUGUUUAAUCCCCUUGACUGUAGAUACCAACUGUUUCCAGAGUCUCAUUUCAGGAGCUUAUCAUGCCAAAGAGUCCAGCCCCUGACAUCUGAUUGACUUGCGGCAUUUGAGAGGUAGGACUACCCUUGAUGAGGAAGCUUCACAGUGCACAGAGAGCCUGGAUUGCCUGUGCAAGCCCCAGAAUGUCACUCCCCACCAUGGUAUCUCAGUACCUGGGCUGCUUAUUGGAAGCUGCCUGGAUUAUCUCAAUAUGAUUGACUUAAGGACAUUCAACUCUUAUUUUCUAAGUGUGUGCUUACCAUUGUUCCCUUGCAUCCGGAAAGGGCAGAAGGCCAGACUCCUUAUACCUGACCCAUCUGCCAACUCAGGGGCUCCAUACAGCCUGCCCAAUCACAGCUGGGCAGUGUUAGAAUCGUUAUUCCUUUCUGUGCCUGAAUAGUCCUUUGAGGCCUGAGCAUAGGCUGUCUGAGGUGGCUUUCUGGGUUAUCAGUGCCUGCUAGCCAUAAUAGUUGUGUUCCACCUCCACUCUCAGAGGCAGUAUGCCUCUGAACACCAGUUGGUGGGUAUCACAGGUGGGUGGAAUGCCAUUGUACUCAGGUUGUGCUUGUGGACUUCCCAAAGGCAUCCAGUUGGCUGUGAGAACAGGAUGCUAGGUUAGAUGGACCAUUGGACUGAUCCAAAAGGUCUCUACUCAUGUUCUUACAUCAGCUUUGGGCUAUUCAUUUUUUUAAAGCCCUGUACUAAGUAUACCAAGUUUAAUGCAGAUGCCCUCUUCUGCAGAUGACUGGAGGCAUUUUGUUCUACUGCAUCUAGUCCAUUGCACCUAUUAAAACUAGGAUUUGCACUAUUAACAGAAUAUCUCUCCCUUAACAAGAAUGAUAUUCUGCUCUCAUAGAGGAGCUUGCUACAUAAUUGACUGAGGUACAUGCUUAACUCAUUCUGUAUGAUAUAUUUCAUUUAAAGGGUAUUUAACAGAAACAGAAGAGAGAAAAAGAGCACCUGAAUAAUGUAAGGCUUUUGGAUAUGCUUAUGUUUCAUUUCAGAGUAAUAUAUGUGAGUGUAACACUAUUUUACAUUUAUCUUGAUUCCCCAUGUGAUGCAAUAACAAACAGGAAAUGAGCAUAUCUGAACACAAAGUUUUAUUAAGAAUAAACCAUGUUUAAAUUAUUUGGCUGAAUGUAUAACAAAAAGGGACAGAGUUUGAAUUGGGAUGGGGGUGGGGGAGGGAAGACACCCCAGCUGUCCAGAGCUCUUUUGUGAGCCAUUUACUGAGUUCAGUGAUAACAUGUGAGCAUAAUUAAAGGGAUAGGAUCUCAGGCUGAAACACUAGAAGCUGUUAUCAAUCCUUGCCUCUUUAAAGGUCAUGGCUUCUCCAGGAAUCCUGGGAAUUGCAGUUUGAUGAGGUGUUGAGAAUUCUCUCCAAGAGAUCCUUACACACCUCACAAAAAAUUUAACUCACAGGUUUCUGUUUUAAACCAAUGUAAAUUUGUUAUGUCCACACAGUAUCGAAACCUCUGAUAAACUUGGUGGUAGGUUGCACCACAGACAUUUCUCUUGAUGGAUUUGUUUCUAUGGUAAAAUGUUAUACCUGAAUGUUCUCCAGCAUAUCCAUAGAACCCCCACAUUCAAAACAAGGUUUCCAAAAGCAAGUUGCCUGUUGUCUCGUCUUAAAGCUAUUUGAACAAAUAUAUCAAGAGAAAGAAGAGUGGUCAGAACUCAAGAAAAGAAGAAAUGCUUUUUCAUAUGACCAAAAGUUUGCUCAUUUAAACUGGAUGUGUGAGUGGCAACGAUGGCAGCUGCAACAAAAACUGGGAUGGCUUCCCACAUGCCAACCACUCUAUGGUGACAUUUUCAGGGUACCUGUAGAUUGCCCCCAUCUAUUGAUUCUGUUAGCCCUGCUGUGUGAAUGGAGAACUUCAAUUGGAUGUUCUAUGAAGAAAUUAACAAUGGUUAAUUUCUCUUGUGCAUGCAAGACUCACAGCAACCACAUAAAAAAGAAAAUGAACAAACAAAUGGCUAGAGCCUGAACUAAAUGACAAUGAUGGAGGGCCUCCAAAAUAGGAGUCUACAGGGAGCAAUUCAUAGAUUUCAGGGCACCAAUUCCAUGACUACCUACAGCCCAUUUUCCUUUUCUUCCCAGAUCAAGUAGUGAUCAAAGAGGCAAAAUACUUUCCUCCAAAAUUUAAACAGGAAGAGAGAGUGGGGAUUGUCCUAAAAAUGAAGACAAAGAGGGAGAAACACAGUUGACUAUUUGCUACGCAUCAUGUUGGACACAUCCCUGAUGUUUAGAAGAGUGCAGUGCCCUGUUAAAUUUUUCCAGCUUUCUUUAGGAUUAAGACCAUUAAAAGCAGGCCAACAACUCCAGUGCAGCAACGGACAAAGUGUUGUCGUAGAUGGUGAUGACUGUUGUCAGUGCAGGUUGCAGGUUUAGGGUUGCAUGCGCGUAUCCUACAGGGACUUAGAAGGGUUAAAGUAAAUUACAGUACUUUAAGUAGAAGCUGAAGAUUAAUUAUUAUGUUGGAAUCGGUUUACAGAGAAUACACCAUAACGAUAUCUGGGUAACAAUGAGGGGAAGCAGCCUGGCUUGAGGUCCACUUGAUGAGCUGGUUGCUAUAGAGAGAAGAAGAAGAAGAGAGAGAACUCAUGAGCCACAUUUUAAAGAGGCAGAGCCUGCAUUUCUUGUACUGGUUUUGAUUUUCUUAGUAGCCCCGAGAUACAGCUAGUGAGAUCUCGACGGUACAGUAAAUUAUACUGUGGCUGCAAAUAUAUAAUAAAUUAAAUCAGUUAGAUUAAUUGAUUUAAAAUACUUUUAAACAAGGACCUCCCAAUGAAUCAGGGAACAAUUUUAAGAGUUGGGUUUUUUUUAAAUGAGGGCUUAUAAAAACUAGAGAUAGCACAGCACCUUCAGAGGCAUUCUCCCUGUCCUCUUAUAGUGAGAGAACGCUUCUUCUAAGAUGAUGCCUGCUACAAUAUACCAGGCUUAUCUAAAAAUCAAAGGAAGUGUGCUUCAGAAAUACAGCUUUUCCCCAUGUGCAGUUCGUUCAUUCAAUCAAUCAAUCAAUCAAUCAACUAAAACUCAACUAAGCUGGCCCGGACUGACUCUCCAUACAUAUUCAUAUAGGAAGGAGUGACAUGUGGUCCAUAAAAUAUGUCACAAAUUUUAUGGGGAGGAGGGUAAGUAGGGAAGGUCAGUGGUCAGGAACAGAGCACAUACUUUUCAUGGAGAAGGUUCUCAUUUUAACCACUGAGGAGCCCAGUGCUAUUUUUCUAGAAAACAAGGUGCCGGAACACACCAUGAAUGCCUCCCUUGUUGUCUUAGAAUGGCAAUAGCACCCACCUGAGAGCUGCUGGAACUGAGUUCUGGUGAGCUCUGGCUGAAAAAAAGCCCUGGAGGAGCUACUGCUGAAGUAGACUGUACUGAAUAGAUGGACUAAUGGUCUGUAGCAUGAAGGCUGUUCAUAUGUUCAUUUCAAAGUUACAACAGCCAGAAUAGUAAAAUAUUUCAAAGGAAAGGGAUGGCAGUUUUUGUAAGUGGGCAGUUUUUGGCAUUAAAGGGAGGCCUUGCUUCCAAACCUUCCUAAGAGAAUAACUUGUGGAAUGCCUGGAUACGUCACCUCGGCAGCUCUUGCCAUCUUCCUGCAAGGUCCCUGUUACGCAGCUGCAUAGAGGCCCAUCCAUCUGGCUUGUACAUAUCUGUUCACAGCCUCCAUUGUCUUCACACCAGUCUAAACCUAAAACACAAGAUGUAAAAAAUGAAAGUGGAAUAUUUCCAAUAAGGAGGAAUGGUCUGGGUCACAGUGACACUGUGAAGUUACCACUGCUUCAUAUUAAAACUGAUUUUUACACAGUGAUGCUGGUUUAUGGCUAGUCAGGCUCUGAACCCUUCCACCUUCAAUGCUCAAAACUUUUUCCUGCUACCUUGGGGACCAGAGAGAUUAUUAACAAAGGCAGAAUUCUGUCUUUGCAACAUGCUGAAUCCCACCACUGUAGCCAUGGAGUAAAGUAAACUCAUCAUCCUUCAGGAAAUUGAAGAAAUGCCAGACUUACGCUUCCUCCUGAUUGGCCCCACAGAGAUGAUCUGCUCAUUGAGCUCUUUGGUAUAGUCAUUGGCCCUCCUGGCGUUCUGAGGACAGUUCUGACCAAACAAGGAGAGAAGAUUGCUGUAAGUGUGUGCACUCUAUAAAUCCACCUAGAAAUCGCCAUGAAGACUUAGAGCAGGUGUGGCCCACCAGAUGUUGUUGGGCUCCAUGUCCAUCAUCCAGGGAUGAUGGUAGUCCAACAACAUCUGGAGAGCAUAGGUAAUCUUCCUGGUGAUUCCAGAGUUUAGGGGUGACUACUGAGAUAUCCGGGACGCGGAUGGCGCUGUGAGUUAAACCACAGAGCCUAGGACUUGCCUAUCAGAAGUUCAGCGGUUCAAAUCCCCACAAUGGGGUGAGCUCCCGUUGCUCGGUCCCUGCUCCUGCCAACCUAACAGUUCAAAAGCACGUCAAGUGCAAGUAGAUAAAUAGGUACCACUCUGGCAGGAAGGUAAACAGCGUUUCCGUGCGCUGCUGUGGUUCGCCAGAAGCGGCUUAGUCAUGCUGGCCACAUGACUCAGAAGCUGUAUGCAGGCUCCCUUGGCCAAUAAAGUGAGAUGAGCACCGCAACCCCAGAGUCGGCCACGACUGGACCUAAUGGUCAGGGGUCCCUUUACCUUUACCUUACUGGGAUAUCCAUAAUGCACCACCAUCCCUCAAAAUGCAUGCAUUUCCCCAUCUACACAGAUGCUAUUGCUGUGGGUUUCCUGCAUUAGUUGGGGGUUUGGACUAGAUGACUUCUGAGGUCAUUUCCAACUCCAUGAUUCUGUCACAGGGCACUUUGAGUAGAGUCUCUCCUGCAGACCAUAAUCACCGAGGUGAGCUUAUAUAAGAUGGUCAAUGACCACUGUGUAGAGUCUAAGCUAUGCAAAUCUACCGGGCCAGGAUAUAACGCUCCAUGCCACCUACUAUUUUGCAAGAGUAUCUUUCUGAGUCGCAAAGUGAAACGGCACAGUGGAGGUGAACCUCAUCGUAAUCACCGAUGAACUUGAAGACAGUGACGUGAAAGCGGCAAGUCAGUGAAACUCCGUUUUCUUCAAUCCCAAUUGUGUUGUCCUUUAUAUUCUGGCACCUACAACGCAAAAAAAAAGUCCCAGCUCUCAACACAGUUGUGAGGAAUCUCUGGAAUUUCCAAAACCGAGGAAGGAAAAAGGUUGUCACUUACCCUUCUUCAAUGAUGAAGUAUCUGAGCUUGUCAUUGCUGUCUCGGGAAGGUGUUGCAUAACAUUUAUUCAGCAUUAGGAUGAGAUGGGUGGAAUCUGCCCCAAGGACAAAGACGCCAACAUACAGCACGUCACGGGUGGUCAGCACCACUUCACCUUGCCGGUAGGGAUGCUUGUAGGAUGAGUUUUUGUACAGUGCCAUCUUGGUUGUGAAACUGCCUUCUUGUGUAGGCACUGUCAGAUUAAUCACACUGAAAAGGAGAGUUAUAAAACUUAACGAAGAGUGAAUAAAGAAAAUAUCCUGGAGAAACCAUGGAGCAAGUUUGCUGAGUCAAAGAAGCAAGUCUAAAUCUGCCUCAGGUGCCUAUUUAUUUAUUAAUUAUAUUUUGCCCUUUCAAGUAUAUUAUCAGGAUGGAUUACAAUAAAAUGCUAAAACACCAUAAAGUGAUGAAUGCACUAAAAUAAGCUGUAAACAGCAAUUCAGCUACCUCAUUCUUCAGACAAAUAGCAUGGAUUAUGACUCGCUGUUCUUUUUCCUAAUUAUUUUAUGGUGUUUCUUAUGCAUACAUGAGAACUUUGAAACAUUAGGCAUCAGAGGCCUCUACAGGAGGGACAAUAUCUUUUGCAGUCCCAGGUACAAACAUAUGAGGAUCAAAGAGUGAUCAGAGCAGUACUAAGUGGGCAGUUGGAGGGCUGGUUCACAUCCUAUGCUAGUGUAAGUUUUUGCAAACAUAGGGGACACCCCAUGGGUCUCCAGUCACAGAAACCACAUAAUGGGUGUAUGCCUGGAGCUCAUGAAUUGGAUAAUUUUAUUUAUUUAUUUAUUUAUUUAUUUAUUUAUUUAUAUCCCGCCCAUCUGGCUGAGUCUCCCCAGCCACUCUGGGCAGCUCCCAAUCAAGUCUUAAAAACAAUACAGCAUUAAAUAUUAAAAACUUCCAUAAACAGGGCUGCCUUCAGAUGUCUUUUAAAAAUAGGAUAGCUGCUUAUUUCCUUGACAUCUGAUGGGAGGGCGUUCCACAGGGCGGGCACCACUACUGAGAAGGCCCUCUGUCUGGUUCCCUGUAACCUCACUUCUCGCAAAGAGGGAACCGCCAGAAGGCCCUCGGCACUGGAUCUCAGUGUCUGGGCUGAACGAUGGGGAUGGAGAUGCUCUUUCAGGUAUACAGGACCGAGGCCGCUUAGGACUUUAAAGGUCAGCAGCAACACUUUGAAUUGUGCUCGGAAACGUACUGGGAGCCAAUGCAGAUUUCUCAGGACCGGUGUUAUAUGGUCCCGGCGGCCAUUCCCAGUCACCAGCCUAGCUGCUGCAUUCUGGAUUAGUUGUAGUUUCCGGGUCACCUUCAAAGGUAGCUCCACGUGGAGCGCAUUGCAGUAGUCCAAGCGGGAGAUAACUAGAGCAUGCACCACUCUGGAAAGACAGCCCACGGGCAGGUAGGGUCUCAGCCUGCGUACCAAAUGGAGCUGGUAGACAACCGCCCCGGACACAGAAUUAAUCUGCGCCUCCAUGGACAGCUGUGAGUCCAAAAUGACUCCAAGGCUGCGCACCUGGUCCUUCAGGGACACAGUUUCCCCAUUCAGGACCAGAUUGCGAACCACCUGAAAGAGUCUCCUGCUGCUGUUUUCUGCAGAUGCAACAGAGGUGAAGACGGUCCUCUUUGCUGUCACCAUCGCCACUUGGUAGGCUCGACAUUGAACUGUAGCCCGUGUCUGGUCUGAUUCAGAAUGAGUUUUCCACCACCAGCGCUCUAGCUGUCUCAACGAUUGCAUUUAUGCCAAUUUUCAGACAGUGCUCUCAUGAACUCAGACACAGGAAUGACAUCAGCAUUUAAAGAAAGAAAGAAAGAAAGAAAGAAAGAAAGAAAGGAAGGAAGAAAAGGAAGUCAAAUCCAAUAUAACAUGUGAAUUGACUCCAUAUAUUCCUGUGGGUGUCACCUCAGAGGAUCCUGUACCCUUCCAAAUAAAGUCAACGAGAGCAGGGCCUUUAUCCUUUAUCCCACCCAAAUGACCUCUCCAUGUGUACAAAGGAAGCAGGUGUUUCUAUUACCUGAGCAUUGGUCUCACAACGGAAUCCAAAGAAAUUUUGAUGUCAAGCUCAUAAGCACAGGAGAAUUCAACAUUGAUAGUUCGGUCCCGAGUGAUAAUGUUUCCAGUGUUAUUUGCACUUUCAAUCCAGACUGUGUUUUUGUACAUGAUGUGGGUGCUGUUGGACUGCACAGAGGGGAAAAAAUGUGGGGGUGGGGAGAUACACGUAGAAGGAUUAAAGGCCUCUCAAAUGUGCAGAUGCCCUCUCGACACUUGUAUUGUUCUCUUUAACAGUAUCCAAAGCCAUAAUCUGUGCUUUAGACUUAACAGCAAUAUGUGUCUACUCAGUAGUAACUUGCAUUGAGUUCAGUGGAACUUACACUAAACUGGGUGUAUAUAGAAUUGCAGUCUAAAUUUUCUUGCUUAAGUUGAGUGAAAUGGAGGGAACCAUCCAACAGAAGACUAACCCAAAAGAAGCUACCUUGAGUGAAGAAUCUCUUUAUGUGGUCUGUGGAUAGUCUGAGAAGAAUGGAAGUCUGGCAAGUUGAGGAAUCAAUUAAAAAGUAGAUGAUCACUUGACAAAACAUUCUUGAAUUUGUGGAUAGCCCUAAAUAAAAUUUCAGGAUUACUUAUAAUAAAUUAAAAUUAUGAUAAAAGUCUAUUAUAUAUCAUAAGCUUCCUAAGGGCAGGACCUGCCUGUCAUGGACUGGUUGGAUACAGAGGAAUAGUGGGAGGAACCAGUUGGGGAACCAACAAGGGAGGAAGGCUCAGAGCUCAGGGAAUGCUGGUGGGACAAUGAUGAGUGAUCAGAGGGAGAAGAGAGGGAAGAGGAGAUGUCGGAAGCUGAGGAAGUAACAGGACCAAGAAGCAGAGAUGGGUCAGGCUGUUGAAGAGUCAUGGGGGUCUCCCCCUCCUUCUCUUGGAGAUUAGCUCCCCUACCUGCUUGCCUCCCAGAACCAGAAGAGGCAUUAAAAGGGCAGAGUAUAGUUUGGCGACACACAAACACAGUCUCAGAUUGCUUGGGAAACACCCUGGAGAGCAGGAGACUUAGGCAGCUGUGGGGGGUAGGGAUUUUCAGUCUCAGCAACUGCUUCAUGGGGGCAAAACCUACUGGAGAUGAGUUGCUGUGUUCAUUAGGCCUGGCACUCAUGGGCAGAUCAUGGGUUUUGUUAAUAAAGAGUUAACUCCAACUUGCACAGUGUGAUAUACUGCUGCUGGCUCUCCUGACAUGGCUUAAUUUUUUUGCUUAUGAAACUCUGUAAAGUACCAUAUACACCAGUGGUGCUGUAUGUAUAUAACAUUCAGAAUGCAUUUAAUGAUGUUUUGAUGGCAGGGAUGCAAAACCUUUCACGGCAGGACUCUAGCGACACAAGCCCAGAACAAUCAAUGAGCUGAAGAAGAGUGUCAUGAGAAUAGGAGCAAAUCCAGAGUUCCUCAAACAUUCUGACCUGCACUAUGUUUCCACAGUUGCCCUUGGUGUUAUUUAUCUGAAAGGAGAUGAAAUCUUCUCCUUCAAUGCCAGGACAGUGGCGGUCAUUGAUGCGCACCCCUUCUCUUUCAAAACCCAGCUGAAACAGCUUGCACUUUGAGAUGGACACCUCCAUCUGGGCAGCUUUGCAGGUCACCUCAGCAUCCAGGAUGUCUUGCGUGUCUGCAAUGAAAAAGAAAAGGAGUGGGGAGCUGUGUGCAGAUAAGGGCUAGGCAAUUGGUAAAUGGAUUUCUAUCACAUUUGCUAGUCAAAAUACCAUUUAAAGGCCACAACACGGUCGAAAAUAGAAGUAAAGGACGUGAAUAUUAACAAUUCAUUUCAAUCAAAGCCUUAGUCCUGAUGGCCAGCUGAUUUCCUCCUCUAUUAUUUAUGCAAGACUGAGGAAGUCAGAUUAAUUGUAAGAUUAAUUCAUUAAGAUGGAAGUGCAUGGUGCCUAGGAAUGACUGUUUGCAUAUAUUAAUGGCUUAUCUAGUGUAAAGCUAGUCUAAUAUUUAUAUGCAGGUGAUAGGUGCAGUUGUACAAAACUGCAGUGUGGUGUCAGCAGUAUGCAGAUAACAUCCAGCUCUAUUUUAAGUUUUACAUCAGCUUCUGGUUCAGCACUCAAUCCUUAGAGAGUACAAGUUGGAAAUAAAUCUCAAGAAGAUGGUGAUUUUGAUGGAUUGCAAGCCAAAUGUGAGAGGUCUAGGAGUCUGUCCUGUCCUGGGUAAAUUACACCUACUUAGAAGGGUACUCCUUGACCUUGUUUUGCUUCUUGAGUUUCAGGUGACAAAUAGAUUUAACCCAUUUUAAUUGACUCUUAAUCAUUGUUUAAUUGAAUCUUAACCAUUGUUAGCCAUGUAGUCAUGCCAUACAAUAAUCUCUCGUGUUGAUUACUACAAAAGCUGUUUUGUAUAUCCUUUUAAAUUUGGAGAUGGUAUUUGAUUUGUCACCAAGGAAGUUUUUUUUGCCCAUUCAUGUGUUCUUAUGUGAUCUCCCAAAAUACACCUGGCAUUCUACCAGGACCAGAAGUCUUAAGCCAGACUCUCUGAUGGGGAUGCAGAAUAAAUCCCCUUCCCUCCUCAAUUCAGGUUUGAUGGACAGUUCCAAGUGAUAUUUUCCAGGACUGGCGAGCUGAGGCUACAAGCAAUUGACAUUCACAGACAGCAAGGAAGAUAGCUGUGCAAAAUUGAAUUUUAAUGGUGUUAGGAUUUUUUUAAAUAAAAAAACCCCUGUGUAUUUGUAUGGUAAUCAGUUGAAGCCUCGGGACUCAGGGCAAGUGGAAAACAAGGCUGGAUGAAGCAAUGGAAAAUUCUGCCAUAGGAAACAAUCCAGUGCUGAGACCCAAGGGAGAAAAAUGAGAUGAAAUAAGGUGAUGAAAUAAUGGGCCAUUUUUAUGUUCCCGUGGACUGACUCACCACUAAGGUAACUUGGCAUUGCACAAACUACAAUUGUUUGAACUAGAACAAAAUGUAUCUUAGCUGAAGAACAAUUCAAAGUUUCUGAGACAAUAUGAAACUUCCACCCCGUCCUAAAAAAUUCCAUUCAAAUCAUUAAUUUCUGUCAUCUUAGUCCUAUGCUCGUUCUGUAACAUCCUUGUAUCUAAGAGCAGGGACAGUAUUCCAGAAACAAAAAUUUAGCGUCAUCACACCUACAAAAGUGAUGUCUGAUACUUCCUAAACUAGGGGUGGAAAAGAUGGAAGAUAUAAGGGGAAAAACCAAGAUUCCUUAAGACUACACAUACUUGAUACUAUUUGCGCGGAGAAAAACUCAAGGCUGCAUCCAAUGUUCUCCAUCCACUAGUGCAAGAGUUUAAAAGUUGAGCAACAAAGAAAUCAAUGCGGCGCCUGCAAUUGUGGAAGCUGUUUGUGAAACAGCCACCCCUUGUUGUCCAAUAGCUGAUUUUUGUGUGUAGAAUCUGUUUCUUAACCAUCUUUGGAAAUGUACUUUGUUUUUCUUUGCGCAACAGUUUUCUGGCAGUGGAACAAAUACACUGCUAGGUGACUUUAACUUAAUGGUGCAUUGCAUACAACACUCAGCCAACAUGAAAACCAGAUCUACAACCUCAAGAAACCUUGAAAUUAGAAGCACCAAGACUGACAUCACAAGUUACUCGCUGGACGGUAGCAAACUUUCUUCUGAACUUGGGGUAGCCAAUAUGAUGCCUCCCGAAUGCUAAGCUCUCUUCAGCCCAGCCACCAUGGCUGAUGGUGAGGGAUGAUGGGAGUUGUAAAUCAACAACAUCUAGAGAGGCGACCCAUGUCCUAAACUAAGGGAUGGUAGGGAGAGAGAAGGCUGGACUGUUCUUAAAGGGAAAAUGCACUGUUAAUUCACUGUGCCUGAAUCAUAUAUGUGAAGGACACAGUGAUACAUGCAGAAGAUCAUGCCAGAGACUUAAUGCUGGUUGUGACUGUCUAGUAAAGUUUUAAUGCCCCAGAGUGGCUGGGGAAACCCAGCCAGAUGGGCGGGGAAUGAAUGAAUGAAUGAAUAAAUAAUUGAAAUUGAUAUUUCACAUCACCUGGAUAGUAUCAAUGAUACAGGCACACUGCCUGCAUAAGUGGGGAAUCUAUGAAAACACAUGGAGUUGGGGGCUGCAGGUUUUAGGCAAGCCUACAGUAAGUAGAGAAUGCUUGCUGUUUGGAUCACCUAUGAAUGUAUUUAUGCGCUCUCUGUAAGAGGGAUGUGUUAGAGAUGCUUUCCCAGUCACCCCUUGGCAGCUUCAACACGGCCACUGGUAACUCACUGUUUCCAUAGGGUGGUGGUUCUAUGCAGCCACACAGCUCUCCUCCAUUCUCCACUUCACAAGUUCUGUUGGGACAAUCUGCCCCCACACAGGGAUCUUCAACCACUCCUGCUAAAAAGGAAAAAGGAGGGGGAAACAAAGAAGGACAACCAAUUUAUUUUAAGACCAGUUGCAUGAGCUGUUUAUCACUUACACACAAAGUGCUAACACAAGAGAAGACCUUCCCCAUAGCUAGGGAACCAGCAUAAAGGUAAAGGUAAAGGGACGCCUGACUAUUAGGUCCAGUCGUGACCGACUCUGGGGUUGUGGCGCUCAUCUCACUUUAUUGGCCGAGGGAGCCAGCGUACAGCUUCCGGGUCAUGUGGUCAGCAUGACUAAGCCGCUUCUGGCGAACCAGAGCAGUGCAUGGAAGCGCCAUUUACCUUCCCACCAGAGCGGUACCUAUUUAUCUACUUGCACUUUGAUGUGCUUUCAAACUGCUAGGUUGGCAGGAGCAGGGACCGAGCAAUGGGAGCUCACCCCGUCACGGGGAUUCGAACCACCAACCUUCUGAUCGGCAAGUCCUAGGCUCUGUGGUUUAACCCACAGCGCCACCCGCGAGGGAACCAGCAUACUUGGGCCUUUUUUCCUAUGUUAACCUGCCUUUGUUGGGGAGAUGUGAAUUAAUCUAAGGUGUAAUCAAUCAUUUGUCAUAAUCAAGGGAAUUAUGUUAGGUCUUUAUAUUCCACUCCAAGUAUUUGGCUACAAUUCAUAUAUUUCAGAGUCUAAGAUCUAAUGUGUUGGGGAUUUUUUAUUUUUUAUUUUUUUACAAUGCCUCUUGCUUCCCUGAAAUAAAAAGUUAGCACCCAAGACUGUUACAUGCUGAAAGUCUUGCCUUGAUAGCCUUUUAUUGUGCUCCCGAUAAAUCUGCAAUAAUGUAGCUGGUCAACAGCAGGAUCUAACAUGCCAAAUGUGCCCUUGAACGGCUGUUUUAUUGACUUAGGGAAACCCACUGUGACAAAGUUUAAGAAUUUCUCAGUAGGAAGAUGGAACUAAUCCUAGCUCGCUUACAGCAAUUUUCCUUCUCAAUCCAUUCUGUGCUGAGAAUUCCAAAGGAGCGGCAGGCCUCCCCAUAGGCUGCCAGAGAGCCACAGAGCUGGUACUUCUUCUGGUUGUAGCAGCCGUCAAGAAAGCAGGAUUCAUAGAAGGGCAUUGGGUCCAGCAGCCCGUAACAAGGCUGAAAGAAGCCUUUCAUGUCAGUAAGCUUGAGGCAGUAGCUGUCGCUCUGCAGGACCUGGAUCUGCACGUUGUCGCAGGUGGCAGCGUACUGAGCGUAUUGAAGCUCAUUGCAGCUGGAAUCACAAAAACCACAAAAGACCGCAGAAUACUGAAGAUGUGGAAAGGUGUACAAGAAGCAUGGGGAAGAGCACAGUGGUGGAAGCUGUAUCAGGAAACCAUGUCUGUGUGCAGUGAGGCACUAGGGCUAGAGUAUGGAACAUAUUUCUAGGCAGUAAGUAGUCUCCAUGGCUGUCCAUUGGCUUUUCUCAACAGGAGGGACUAUAAAAAGCCUUCCUACGUGGGCUUGGACUUUGCUUGAGCAAUAAUAGUUUCUGCUGGCUGAGGCUUGUUCCCUGACUUGGCCACCUCACCUCUGACUCCUGGCAUGAUUCCUAGCUCCCACUUGCUUAUGACCCAGCUCUGGCACAUGAAUGCGUGUUGCAUGCAGAAGCUGCAUUUCCUGGCCCCCGAAAGAACCAAAGCCCGCCCUGUCUUAUCUUUCAUUAAAUAGACAUUGCCUAGGCCUUUUAAGAUUUUCACUGCAACCAGAAAUAUCUAAAAGUCUACUUGUUUUUAUAUAAUAUAUAAAGAGACAAGUGCAAAUUGGGAUUCUGCAGUCUCCGAACUCUUGUCCCGGCUUUUGCAGCAGGCUCAGGAAAUGAGAAUUUAUCCUUUCCUUCACCUAGAGCAAGAGUGGGGAACCUCAGGGCCCCAGGGGACUGAAUGCAGCCCGCCAGGAAUCUUUUAUUGUAGUAGUGGUGGUAGUAGUAGUAGUAGUAGUAGUAGUAGUAGUAGUUAUCCUGUCUGUAGUAGCAGUUAUCCUGAUAGGACUCAAGUCGGCUUACAAAUAAAAACAAGAAUCGCUAAAAACAUAGAAAAAACUAUCAUUAAAAAACAAUUAAACACUGAUAGUAUCUAAACUAAAUACAUAUCUAAAAUCUGUUUAAAACACAGCAAUAAUUACAAUAAGCACCAGCCGUUUAAUUAAAAGCAGUCAAUUCCCCCAAGCCUGUCAGAACAGUAAUGUCUUUGCCUGCUGGCAGAAGGACAGCAAGGAGGGAGCCAGUCUAGCUUUUCUAGGGAGGGUGCUCCAAAAUCUGGGAGCAGCUACUGAGAAGGCCCUCUCCUCCAUCUCCACCAAGCACGCCCUUGAGGGUGGUGAGACCAAGAGAAGGGAAUCCCCUGAAGAUCUCAAAACCUGAGCAGGGUUGUAUGAAGGAAUACAGUCUUUCAGACCACUCAAACCUAAGCCAUGUAGGGAUUUAUAGGUGAUAACUAGCGCUUUGAGUUGUGCCUGGAAACAGACCACCAGUAGCCUGUUCAGUUCCUCUAGCAAGGGAGUCUAUGCUCCCUAUAAUCAGGUCCUGUCAGCAAUCUGGCUGCAGCUCUUUUGAGGCAGUUGUGGUUUUUGAGCACAUAGUGUGUGUUACAGCAAUCCAAAUGGGAUGUCACUAAGGCAUGGGAUGUAACUGUGCCACUGUGGCAAAAUCAGACAUCUCAAGGAAUGGGGGCAGCUGGUGCACUAGCUUUCACUGUGCAAAUGCACUCCUGGCCAUUCAUGUUCAGGGCUGAGUCCAGGACCAUCCCUAAACUGCGAACCUGUGUCUUCAGGGGAAGUGUUACCCCGUCCAGCAGAGGCUGAAUCCCUAUUCCCUGUUCUGCCUGCCGACUGACCAAAAGCACCUCUAUCUUGCCUGGAUUAAACUUCAAUUUGUUCACCCUCAUCCAGUCCUUUACUGAUGACAGACGCUGGUUUAGAACCGAGACAGCUUCCUUGGCUCUAGGUGGAAAGGAGAAAUAAAACUGAGGUGGAAUCUACACACAUAGAAAAAACGUUGUGAAAAUGCUUUUAAAAAAAAGUUUUGGGGAAAAAUACAUUGACUUUGCCAUAGCUCACUGUCGCCACCUAGUGUCACAUUUGUAUAUUGCACUUUACAACACACUUAAAACGUUUUAUUUGUAGCUGUAUAGCUGAGUCCUGAGUGUCAUCAGCAUUCUGGUGGCACCGAACCCCAACAACCUCUCUUAGUGGUUUUUGUUAAAUAGCAUGGGGGACAGAUCAGAACCCUGAGGGACCCAGCAGGCCAACAGGAGUCCCCCAGCACCACCUUCUGGGUUCACCUCUCUAGGAAGGAACAAAGCCACUGUAAAACAGUGCCUCUGAGUCCCAUCCCAUCUCUAAACCACACCUCUUCUCCUCAGGCCAUGUCUUUCAUUGGUGCUGCUUCACAUCCUUCUCAAUUGCUUUUGUCUUGCCCUGCCCUCAAUUGCUUUUGCCUGGCUGGAAUGUGCAGCCCUUUCCCCAGCCCCCCUGCAUCACUCCACGUACCUCUUCUGCAUGCCAUUCGUCUUCCAACUCUGUGCCAGGAACACACUGCUCACCACCGGCUUCCCUCGCAAGGUGACAUAAUCAUCUGUGCGAUCCCCGUUGAAAUUCCCGCAAAGGCCACAUACUUUAUUCUGCAGUCGCUCACUGAUGGCGAUUUUGAUGACGUUGAAGCCAUUGUAAUGGAUCUGGAUAUCUGGGCUGGUAUCAAUGACCAGGAAGCCCUCUAUGCUGUAGAUUUUGGUUGACAAACCAGUCACAAAGGGGACGUUCACCUGUGUCCCAUUCACCUGAUCAAGAAAUCAAGCAAUAUUUCAUGCUACAUUGAUGCAUCUUUUUCUCUUUUCUGGCUAACUUAUAAAAAUGGACAAGAUCAUAUGAAAAAUUGUAAGACUCAGUUUUGAAAGGUUAAACUCCUAUGUUCAAAUUGCGUGUGAGAACUUGAUGCCAGUCAUCUUACACAAUGAAGACAUCAAAUUAAGCUGAUUGGUUUAGCUGAAUUUGGGAAUGAAUAAAUUUGAAUUUCAGAAUUCAGUGUUCCAAAUUCCCAACCAGAAACUUUCACAAAAAAAGAUUGAGACUUUCAGUUAGCAAGGAAAGCCAACUCUUCAGCUAGUGCUAGAGGGGCUUUCAAUUUCAGAGGCUACAGGUUCAGGUCCUAGUUAACAGUCAAGACAAGCACCUAAUAUUAGCCUAAGUAGGUCAUAACACCAGGAUCAGAUUUUCUGUACCUAAAGGGUGAGACCAUGGACUUCAAGAAAGUGACAGAUUGGAGCAAGGAUUCAGUCUUAGCUCAAACCAUCCCACUUUCCCUGGAGCCUGUUAUCAUCACUCUAAUAUCCCAAACAAUCCACUCCAGAAAUUGCAGUUGAGCCUCCAUCUUUGCAACACUGCCAGAGCCUACUGAAUCAAGCACGGCCCCUUUAAAUAUAGGGUCUUUCAUUAGUGGGGGUUAAGGUAGCCACCUGGAAUGAACUGCAGCCUGUUUAGAACCUCGGUGAACUCCAGAUUGCUACUGAAGCACCGUCUGAUCCUUGCUGGUGUGUAACUUCUCUACGCAUCCAGGAAUCUACUUGGAUGUGUCAAGAGCCCUGUUUGUACAUGAACUCUUGACAGAACACCCCCUGGCCCCAUGGGCUUGCUUACUACCUGGAAUAGGAUGCUGUGUAUCAUUACUGGAGUCUUGGGAUUUAGACAGUUCCUAGGGGACCACCUAUGGAUUAAAUUGCCCCUGAUGGCUCUUGUUCUGCUUCCACUGUUAGGUGCAGAAUGCUUCUGAAUACCAGUUGCUAGAAACCACCAGAGGGGGAGAGCACUCUUAUGCUCAGGUCCAGCUUGUGGGCAUCUAGUUGGCCACUAUGAGAACAGGAUGCUGGGUCUAUGGACCACUGGUUUCAUCCAGCAGGCUCUUACGAUCUAGCAUUCUAAAUGGGUCAGUACUGUACCUUGACAGUAUUACGAUCGCUGAUAAGAAUCUGUUCUUCAUUGAUAUAGAAGUAAACAGGUGAGAUGACUGUCAGGUUUGGGGACGACCACUUAUCAAAAUUGAUGAUGAGCUGGAAGGAGACAUCAGGGAGUUUCUGGCAGAUUGUGGAGAGGACAAAGGCACAGUUGGCAGGGAAGUGGAGGAAGGCACCAUCAAACGUGCGGAACACCCCUCCACCUGCCGCAAUGCAGUAGGAACUCUUCUUGCUGAAGCAGCCACGAACUCCAUUCCGGAGGGCGCACUCCUCGUCCGACUUGCACUGCCGUGGGUCGCACUGGAUGAGGUUGCGGCGGAAACAGCGGCAGCGGCGGGUGCAGUCGCUGCUCCAGAAGAGCUGCUUGGGCUGCAGGAAAUGAGCAAGAAAGAGAAGGAAGCAAUAACGUGAACAAAACAUGAAACAUGAAAAGCAAUAACAUGAAAACCCACAGUGGAUCCAUCCAAAAAAAGGUGUACAUGUGGUCACAAUGAAUGCACAAAUCAAAAACAAGAAUCCAAAGUACAUGCACUUUUUUCAACACCUGAGGUUCUGGGUCCUGUUCUGUGCCUGCUGGCUAACAAGUGGGGUGGGUGGGUCUGAGGAGUGAUACCAUUUUGGUCAUGUUACCAACCCUACAGAACACUGUACCCAGGAAAGCAUCCCAUCAUUUAAAGCACAUUUCCACUCCCUCAGGGAGUUCUGGGGAUUAGAGUUUGUUAAGGGUACUGGGAAUUGUAGCUCGGGGGGGGGGGAAUAAGCUACAGUUCCCAGGAUUCUUUGAGGAAGAGAGUGUACACAGCCAUUGUCUGUCAGCCUUCUAGAUACGAUCUGACUCUUCUGGGAGGCUUUUAGUGGUGGCUGACUGCCAUUUCUGAAUGUCCUUCUUGAUGAGAUUGUGUCUUCAUAUUGAUUUCAUUUCUUUGCUUACUGCUUUGAUGGGGUUAUGCAGGUUUGCUUCAGUGCUUUAUUGUUUGCUGUUGCGCCAAUUUUGUUUAGUGUUGUGAUGGUCCAGAUUGUUUUAAUUAUACCCACAUUGUUAGCUGCUUUGAUUUCUUUUGAAGAGAAAGUGAGAGAUACAUUUAAAAAAGAAUCAAAUGAAAUUGUUUUUUCCCACAUUCGGACAAUCGUGUGUAUUAAGACCCCUACCACGUUUCAGCUGUUUGAUGUGAUAUACCUGCAUUGAGAAAAAGAAAUGAUUCUCCCUGGUCAGAAAAGCAAUGUGAGAAAUGGAUCCCAUUCAUACAGAGCAAUGCUAGCUACAAAACAAGAAUUAUUUUUGUUGUUGUUACUACUGCUAGGUCCAGGGUACCUUAAGAACUCACAGAGCCCUAUAUCCCAGCCCGAGCACUGAGGGAAUCUGGAGAAGUGCUGUUGUCUGCUUCAUUAUAGAGGCCCAAGAAGAAGAGUUUGGAUUUGAUAUCCUGCCUUUCACUCCCUUUAAGGGGUCUCAAAGCGGCUAACAUUCUCCUUUCCCUUCCUCCCCCACAACAAACACUCUGUGAGGUGAGUGGGGCUGAGAGACUUCAAAGAAGUGUGACUGGCCCAAGGUCACCCAGCAGCUGCAUGUGGAGGAGCAGGGAAGCAAACCCGGUUCCCCAGAUUACGAGACUACAGCUCUUAACCACUACACUACACUGGCCUCCACUAGGAGCUGAGCAUUUAGUGUUGCUAUUUCCAUCCUGCAAAACACUCUUCCAAAUCUGUAUUUGGCAGCCAUCCUUACUAUGGGCUUUCAAGAAUCUCCUGAAUACCUUUUUAUGCCAGUACACUUGAGCGGUUGCCUAAAAAUGUCCUUUAAGUAGCCACUCAUUUGUAUACUACCUUGGUGUUUUGGGAGAGGGCAAUAUAUAAAUACUUUUUAGAAACAAAGACCAUCAUCAUCUCUUCAAGCAGAUAGUGACCUGACCCUAAAACUUACUUUGGUUUGGUUUGGUUUCAAGACAUUUGCAACAGAACAGGGCUCUGCAGACUCUUGUGCUGAUUGACAUAGAGUGUUCCUUGCAACCAGGAGAGGGCAGUCAUGUAGUACCUAUUUAAACAGACACCCUGCAUGUUGUCAACUGAUCUGCGGGUGGCUGAAAACCCACUGGCAGGGACUUUAGGCAUUUAUCACACUGAAACCUGUGGAUUUUGUUUGUGUGCUUCUCCCCAGAGUACAUGCAGGCAUCCCAAAGGGUCGUUUCUUGGAGAAUGGCUGCCUAUCUGUGAUGUGAUGCCUGUGUGUGCUCCUAAAUAGGGCCAGAAAAUCCUUAAAGUGUGCACUAGUAGGCUUGGCAAAGAGCAACAGUCAUACAUAAAAAAGAAAAACUUGGGACUUUCAUUAUAUUAAGUGCACAUCUGGAUUCAUCUGUCAGCCUCCUUCACAGAUGCAGGUUCAUCAGCUGGUGAUCAUAGCAGUGGGUGAUGAUUUGCAUUUGUGACUUAGCUAUUUUGGGUCAGCUGUCACUGACAGAACUUCCAUAUCACCUCACAUCAUCUCUAAAACAUGGGUUAUGCUCAGUUGUAACACAAAACUAUGGUUUGGCCUUGCAUGCAUGAGCAGAGCCUCUUGCUUGUGCAUUCCUGCUUCCUUCUCCAUUGUUUGUCAUUGUGUCUGAACACAGCAAACUAUGGUUUAUGCAAAGUACAGUUUGCCCUCAAACAAGGAUCCUAAUCAAGGAAAUAAACAAGGUUUUGUAUCCUGGUUUAAGGGCAGGCCAUGGUUUGCUGAGAACCUAACAGUAAGUGAAGAAGUUCUGUCAUGCAAUGGAAGAAAAAAAUGGCUGAACAUGAGGCUCUGUUCGCACACACAAUGCCAAACCAUAGUAUGGUGUUACAUUUGAGUGAAUCAAGAGUUGUAGGGUGGAAAUAGUUCACAUUCAAUUGAGAGCUAUCAAUGGCUGAAUAAUCAAGUGGCAUACAUACAUGUGUGAGCCUGCCCUUAGCCUAACUCAAUUUCUGAACUAUCGUAAUUGUGGGAAAAGGUCGCUGUUUAUUCACCAUUCAUCCCGAUUUGUAUGUCCAAAGUUUGCAGGUAGGUUAAACAACACAGGUUAUCUACUGAGUUUUCAUUCUGAUUCAUUUACAGGCAGGUUAGAUGACAUUGUGUCAAAAAUUGUUUAUGCCCCACUUUCUAGUGCAUUUUCUCGACAUUUUCCUUAUCGCAUAAAGUCCAAUUUUGGGAGGAAGCAGCCAGGUUUGCUGCACAAGAGAAUCAGCUUUAGUUUGACAACUUGAAUUUGCCAGUAUGUGACUGAAUCCCACCUGAAAAUACAGUGGUACCUCGGGUUAAGUACUUAAUUCAUUCUGGAAGUCCGUUCUUAACCUGAAACUGUUCUUAACCUGAAGCACCACUUUAGCUAAAGGGACCUCCUGCUGACGCCGGGCUACCAGAGCACGAUUUCUUUUCUCAUCCUGAAGCAAAGUUCUUAACCUGAGGUACUAUUUCUGGGUUAGUGGAGUCUGUAACCUGAAGUGUAUGUAACCCGAGGUACCACUGUAGUGACAGUCUGGAAUAAAAGCAUUGACACUUGCCUUUCCACCCAAUCAGCCUUUUUCUUAGGAACUGGGCAUGGGUGAUGGGGGAAGGAAUAGUAGAAUCAUAGAGUUGGAAGGGACCAUGAGGGUGCAAGGAAUGUACCAUUGAGUAGUGCCAGAAAAAAGCACUGCUUCCAACAGACAAGGGCAAAUGAAUGAAAGGAGACUCUAGAUCACUUCCCUAUAAGUCAGCCAAAGCACUGCAAGGUCAGCAAGCUUUCCAGUGCUGCUUGCCUUCCUCCCCUUCCUCCAGGUUUGUUUUUACACACAACCUGACUUGAGGGCUUAAUUCUGGCCGCCCAAAAAGGGGUGUGAAAAAUUGCAAACCAAUACUGCUCGCUGACACCUUUAUCGCUCGUAAAAGCAAGGAAAUUCAAAGUUACAGUUUCCACAGCAACCUCGCUUCUCUCCUCGUUCCAAACAGAGCUCAACAAAUAUCCUGUUGACCACCGAUGUGUACUUUUGCAGAGGAGCACGCAUUACAUUCCACCCCUCUUGUUAUUAGAUUUAUAGAAUAAUUGAGCGCAUGAGCUUACUUCUCAGUUGAUAAGGGGCUGCGGUAGCCACAUUGUAAAAGAAAGUAACUGCUAGAAAGUGGAGAGGCAAAGCUGGCUACGCGAGACAUUAUUCGUGGCAGCCAUCCUGCAGUCCGAACCGGCAAUACAACAGACCUUGCGACAGGGUUGCAGUUAUGACUUUGAAAGAAGAGGUAAAGGGUGUUUUUGAACAUCAAAAUAAUCCCGUAACAAAUUAUCUCUACCCUUCAACAUUUCACGGGAGACAUGUAGGGUUGCUUGAGUAGUUCAGUUUCUAGGAAUUCGGAUACAAACUGAUUGGAUCUGCACCUUUUAGGUUGCAUCCACAUAGUGAUUUAUUCCAUUCCCCCCAGAAUUACCCUGCCUCUUAAUUUUUGUAUUAUAUAUGGGCUUUCAAGUGACAUAAUAGUCACUUUUGGAAAACUGAAGGAACAUAACAUGUUUAGCACUCACUUCCAUUUUAUUUGAUUCAGAAAAAAAGUCAAUUUGCUGUCCCUUUACACUGGAAAAUCACAGGAGCAGAGUGAGGAAAUCUGGGGUGAUAUACAGGCAUACAGUUCUUCCUUCCUCUUUUCAUGGGGGAGCAGAAGGCAUGUGCAGAAAGGGUGGGGGAGUAGUGAUGUUGAUCAAUGACAAUCAUUGUUUUGCUGCAGCUCGCCCACUGGUGUGAAUGAAAUUUAGCACAGCGUGCCAGUAUAUCGGUCAAAAAGUCACAGUUCCAUAAUGCAACAGGUACUGCAGUGGGAAAGGAACAUUAAAAAUGAGCUAGAAGUGCUAGCAUUAUAAUCAGGAAAACUAAAAUAUUAUUCCCCACAUCUGAAUGCAUCCUCAGACUAAUGUGUGGAUCAGAAUGUAAUUAUCCUGAUGCUGGAAUCUCUUUUCUUGUAACUUGGAACCGAGAUGAUGGAUUCAAGUUAGAAGAAAUGAGAUUCUGACGAAAUAUCUGCAAGAACUUUCUGGUGGUAAGAGCUGUUCGACAGCAGAGCAGACUCCUACAAGAGGUGCUGAUCUCUCCUUCUUUGGAGGUUGUUGAGCAGAGGUUGGAUGGCCAUCAGUCACAGAUGCUUCAGUUGACAUUCCUGCAUUGCAGGAGCUUAGACUAGAGAUGAACCCCAGGGUCUCUUUAAAGGUAAAGGCAAAGGGACCCCUGACCAUUAGGUCCAGUUGUGACCGACUCUGGGGUUGCGGUGCUCAUCUCGCUUUAUUGGCCAAGGGAGCCUGCGUACAGCUUCCGGGUCAUGUGGCCAGCAUGACUAAGCCACUUCUGGUGAACCAGAGCAGUGCACGGAAAUGCCGUUUACCUUCCCGCUGGAGUGGUACCUAUUUAUCUACUUGCACUUUGAUGUGCUUUUGAACUGCUAGGUUGGCAGGAGCAGGGACUGAACAACGGGAGCUCACCCCGUUCUCAUCGGCAAGUCCUAGGCCCUGUGGUUUAACCCACAGCGGCACCCAGAUCCCUAGGGUCUUUUUACGGCUCUACAAUUCUAUGAUUAUAUGAUCUUUCAAGUUUUGCGGUUCUCCAGAUUUUCAAUUCUUCAAGGCAGGGCUUGAGUCCUCAUGCAAACAACAACAACAACAACUAUUUACUAUUUAUACCCCGCCCAUCUGGCCGGGUCUCCCCAGCCACUCUGGGCGGCUUCCAACAGAAUAGUAAUAUACAAUAAUCUAUUAAACAUUAAAAGCUUCCCUAAACAGGGCUGCCUUCAGUUGCCUUCUAAAAGUCUGGUAGUUGUUUUUCUCUUUGGCAUCUGGUGGGAGGGCGUUCCACAGGGUGGGUGCCACUACCAAGAAGGCCCUCUCCCUGGUUUCCUGUAACUUGGCUUCUUGCAGUGAGGGAACUGCCAGAAGGCCCUCGGCACUGGAUCUCAGUGUCUGGGCAGAACGAUGGGGGUGGAGACGCUCCAUCAUGUGCUCUUAUCACACGACAGACUGCCAAUGAACAUACAUUUCAAAGCAUGUGUGCUAGAUGCAAGAAGAACCUGCUUCUGACCCAGAGAUGUAACUUGAGUUGGAAGCUCAGCUCUGAAGACUAGCAACAACUCUAGCAACUCACACUGCCACAAUCUUUACAAGGCAUCAGCACACAGCAAAAAUAGAGACAAACAGGGAUAGUGAUUUAUCAGGACUAGUAUGAAAAAACGAGGGCUGUCACAAGCUGGAACUAUGGGCAUCACUGAAAUGCUACACAUUUAUUCAUUAUCCCCAAAACAAAACAAGAAGGCUCCAUUCUGGUUUCUGAUUGUGCUCCUGUCUCACUCAUUUAUUAUUUCAGAUCAGUGAAUUCAAAGCCUAAAAAUUUCUUUUCUCCUGAAUUUAUAUCUUUCACUGAUAUAAACUAGGAGUAAAUCCUUGGGAUUCAGUAGUCACACUGGCAUAAGCAACAAGGAAGGAUCUCCCUCUCAGUUCAUGCAAAUGAGGUCAUCAAAUUAAAGUUUAAUUUUGCCGUAUUCCCCCGCACCCCACCAUGCAAAAGCAAGUCUGGAAGCUCAGCCUCAUUACAGGGAAUUUGUCAUUCCAUUGUGUGGAUUAAACUGAUUAAUAUUACAUAACGCACAGAACUAUGCCACUAAAUGCACCACCGUUGUUCAUUAUUUCAGGAUCACGCUGUAAGGUAAUGGAGAAGGAGACCGAAAGCUGACAGCAAUGCAAACUAGCAUAGCAGAGAGAGAGAGAGAGAGAGAGAUACGGCUGCCUGCAGCACCCGCAAAUUAUCUAUGAGGAAAUUUCACCCUUCUGAAGGAGCGCGAGCGAGUUCCCAAGGGCAUUGUGUUUACAUCCCCCAAAAUCAAGCUAUUAAGGCAGAGACAUUGUCAGACGCAACGACGGCAGAUAGAGAGCAUUCCAUCUCCAUCCUCUGGUUUCUUCUCAUUUGGAAACCAUUUACAAUCCAAUCCCACAGGCAGCUUAGGGUAGAAAAACACCAUAAUUUGCAGUGUGCGAUUUCAAAUUCUACAGCUGGUUUUUAUUUUUUUAUUUUUUUUUGUCAUUGUUGCUGCUGCUUGGAAGAAUAUAGAUGAGGAGUACUCCUCGAAGAAA